AUGGAAACGUUGCUUGACAAUGCAACUAACUCGACAAGGGAAAAUGAGAAGAACUCGAGCACGUCAGUCUUCCAAAAGAUUGCAACAUUUGAGGAGGAGUUGAAGGCUGUGCUGCCAAAGGAGGUUGAAAGUGCGAGAAUUGCAUACGAGGACGGCAACUCAUCAGUUUCAAACAAAAUCAAGGAAUGCAGGUCCUACCCAUUGUACAAGUUCGUGAGAGAGGAUUUAGGAACUGGGCUGCUUACUGGAGAGAAGACGGGGUCACCAGGUGAAGAGUGUGACAAAGUCUUCACGGCUUUGUGCCAGGGCAAGAUCAUCGAUCCUCUUCUGGAAUGCCUUGGGCAGUGGAAUGGAGCUCCUCUUCCUAUCUGUUAGUUUCAGUAUUAGAAUUACUACUCCUGGCAAUGCUUUUCCUUUGUUAUAUAGUCUUUGCAUGUGAA